GUGAAGUUAACGGUUCAUGAACGCUGAACGUACUUUAUACGCCUUGUACCUGGGGAAACCUUCGUCUCUGUAAGUGUUUGGAAGGAUACUUGGGCGUGUGUUUUUUUUCUUCUUCUUUGGUGGAUAAAUGUAGUAAUGCACUUUCCUUCGUAUUUUAGUUACAGAAAAGUUUUGGGUGUACCAUUAAAGUGUUAGCUAGUAAUGUAUUUCCCCCUCUGACGCCUAAAAAGUCCAAUUUCAUUUAAACACAGCGACGUUCAGGACAUUUAGUUGAUUGAAUCGGAUUGUGACGCGCUUGUCGAGCCCCCGUAGUCUCCUCCUGCCCCUCUGACGUCAUACAGGGUUUAUGAGCCGCUCGCGGGGUUCCGCAGCCAUCAGUCUGUCAGUCGGCAUGAAGGGCGCGCGCACCCUGCAGCAGCUCUCGCUCACCGUGAAGCGGAGCCUUCAUCAUCAUCUUCCCCCUCCUCCUCCUCUGCAGCGCUCCGUGGGAAUAAUCGGAGCACCUUUCUCCAAGGGCCAGUCCAAGGAUGGAGUGGACUGUGCACCGAACCAGUUACGAGAAGCAGGACUCCUGGACCGGCUGCAGCAACAGGGCUGUGCCGUGAAGGAUUACGGGAACCUGACGUUUGAGAACGUUGCAGAUGACGAGCCGGUCAAUGGGUCAAAAAGUGUCCGGGCGGUGGGAAACGCCAACCAGACGCUGUCGGAGGCGGUGAAGGCAGUGAAGAGGGAUGGGCACACCGCCUUGAUCCUUGGAGGAGACCACAGUCUCGCCAUUGGCUCUAUCCAUGGUCACACCGCAGCCGUCGGCCCAGUAAGCGUCAUUUGGGUGGAUGCCCAUGCCGACAUCAACACGCCGCUGACCUCAAAGACAGGACACAUUCAUGGGCAGCCCAUGUCGUACCUCUUAUACGAGUUGCAGUCGAAGCUCCCCCCGUUACCAAACUUUUCCUGGAUGAAGCCCUGUGUGUCGUCCCGGGACCUCGUCUACAUUGGCCUGAGAGAUGUGGAUCCAGCGGAGCACUACAUCAUAAAGUUGUUGUCGGUGAAGGCGUUCUCCAUGACACAGGUGGAUCAGCUGGGCAUAGCCAGAGUUAUGGAGGAGGUGUGCGAUUACCUGUCGGACAGCGCAAAGAAACCGAUCCACCUGAGCUACGACAUUGAUGCCAUCGACCCCGCUGUUACCUCAGCAACAGGAACACCUGUGGUAGGAGGACUCACAUACAGAGAGGGGAUUUACAUCACAGAGUACCUCUGCCAGACAGGUCUGCUCUCGGCUGUGGACAUGGUGGAGGUGAACCCUCUGAGGGGACGGGUGCAGGAAGACGUCCACUCUACUGUCAACACGGCGGUCGACCUGCUGCUCGGAUGUUGCGGACGUCGCCGGGAAGGAAACCACCUGCCGGAUUAUUUGCUGCCAGAGCCGUAACAAAAACAAUUCUUGUCUGUUUUCCAGGAAUCUGAGAAGUUAAUUUCUCGUGAAUUUAACUGCUGCUAUGAGGUCUCCAGGUGGUCAUCUUCCUAUUUUAAGAGCUAAAUCAGUUCACUGAACUUAAAAAUGCACAAAUAAUGGCACAUGUAUAAACUUUUAAUUAUGUAUUGUUGAUUUAUCAUUUUAUCUGUAAAAGGAGGGGGGAAAAAAUCCUGUUGUCCUGGAACAAAUUUUUCAAUUCCAAAAAGUGUUUGAAGCAAGUACAAAGUAUUCAACAUAAAAGCACAACCCAAAACCAAAAAAAUACAAUACAAAGGGAUGUAUUGCUCUCAUACAUACCUUUGUUGUAUGAGACCAAUACAACAAAAGGAUGCAAAGGUUACCACAAACGGAAACAAACCAGAAGUAAUUACAAGAGUUUUUGAGCUUACAAAAAAGCUCAAAACAUGCUUUAAAAACCGACAGGCCAGGCAAGGAGAACAUUCAACAGACAACCAGACCUACUAUAGAGUAGAUUAAAUCAAAGUAGACAUCAUUCCUAUCUGUAUGCUUACAUGGCUUUACCUGCAACAAAUGAGAUGAAGCCUCUUGUCUGUGUUUCAGCAGAAAUGUAGAUUUUAUUCUCAUCACUUUAUGUUGAACAUUAUCGUUACGUUAUCGACAUCAUCUUUACAUCACAGUUCUCUCAUAAAAACACAAAAAGGAUCACAGAUUUUUCUUGUGAAAUCACUUAGAUGAUAAAAAAAUAAAAUAAAAUUGUAACAAGCGCUUACACACACUUGAUCUGCAGUAGCCUCACAGAGUUAUCUUAAUGUAUUCUGGCAUUGAAGUUUCCAUAAAAUAACCUGUAUGGCAAGUUUGCCAAAAGUGCUAUAUUUUGCAAAGGAUUAUUAAAGCCUUUAAAAUGUAUUAAAUUCAUUUUUAAAAAAGUAGUAUCAGCAUCUUAUCUUUACUGUAAUCAGAACUCAAGUAGUGAGUUUUU